AAAUUAAUUCGAUUUAUCCAUUUUGUUUGAACACCCUAAACAGAGAGUGAGGGAGCUACUAGCCAUCAAAGGAAGAGAAAGACAAGGGCUUUCUCCUCAUCUUCUGAUAUGUGAACAUCACAGCCAUAUUAGUAUUAGUAUUAGUAGAGUAGAACUAACCUCCAUGAAUAUGUCCAAAACCCUUAUACACACUAAUUACUGACAAUAGUAGCUCUCCAUUAUUAUAUAUGUUCCUAUUACCACUAGUAGUAUUCUAUAAUAGUUUUAUACAUUUUCCCAAAAUGCAUUUUAAAGAAGAAGAUAUGUCUUCCCAGAGUUUGUUUUACAGGGCAACAACAGAAUUACAACUGGUUAUCACUAUUGCUCCUCCAAGGAUGAGGAUGAGGACUGGCGUUCUCUUAUUUAUCUACCUCAUUGCCUCCUCCUUCUCCCCUCUAAUUACAGCACACCUCAAUCUUACCCUUCAUCACCAACACCCUUAUCCUGAAUCUGUGGUUCACCAAGUACACAGGAGGAUCAAUGAGUCCAGACUAUUGGUGGAGACAACUCUAAGAGAUAACAAAUGUCAGAGUAGUGGAAACCCAAUAGACGAUUGCUGGCAAUGCGACCCAAACUGGGCCAAAAAUCGGCAAAGGCUAGCAGACUGCUCCAUUGGUUUCGGUCAGGGUGCAAUGGGUGGUAAAGGAGGUCAGAUCUACAUAGUACGAGACUCCUCCGACAAAGACACCGUCAACCCAUCUCCGGGCACUCUCCGGCACGCCGUCGUUCAAGAGGAACCUCUAUGGAUCGUGUUCGCAGCAGACAUGGUCAUAAAGCUAAAACACGAGCUCAUUGUGAACAACUACAAGACCAUCGACGGGCGGGGUGCAAAUGUUCACAUCACCGGCAGUGGGUGUAUUACAUUACAGUAUGUGAGCAAUGUGAUUAUACAUAAUGUUCAUAUUUACAAUUGUGUCCCUUCGGGAAAUACUAACAUACGGUCGAGCCCUACCCAUGUUGGCUGGAGAGGCAAAUCGGACGGUGAUGGGAUAUCCAUCUUUGGAUCUCAUAAUAUCUGGAUUGAUCACUGUGCAUUAUCUCAUUGUACCGACGGCUUGAUUGAUGCCAUCAUGGGUUCUACUGCUAUUACCAUAUCCAAUAACUACUUUAGCCAUCAUGAUGAUGUUAUGCUCUUGGGACAUGAUGAUCAAUACUUGCCUGAUUCAGGAAUGCAGGUGACAAUAGCGUUUAAUCAUUUCGGAGAAGGUUUAGUACAAAGAAUGCCAAGAAUUAGAAGAGGAUAUGUGCAUGUGGUGAACAACGAUUUCACACACUGGCAAAUGUAUGCAAUUGGUGGAAGUGCUAAUCCUACCAUUAACAGUCAAGGCAAUCGAUAUACUGCUCCUGAUGAUCCAAAUUUGAAGGAGGUGACAAAGCGGGAGGACACGGACAUUGGGCAGUGGGAUGAAUGGAAUUGGAGGACGGAUGGGGACACAAUGGUUAAUGGCGCAUUUUUCGUGCCUUCAGGGCAAGGCCUUAGCAACCAAUAUGCUAAAGCCUACAGCGUCGAUCCCAAAUCCGCCCUUCUCAUCAACCAGCUCACCGCCAAUGCUGGUGUACUUGGUGGCCCCAGGGACAACAGCAUUAGCAUUUCACCCAAAGGGGGCACUACCGAAGCAACCGGCAGCGGUCAUGCCGAGUCCAAUAGCGGUGAUAUCGACUUGGUCGGAAUGAUAUUCAGUGGUACUGGUGCAUCUGCAGCACCAUCGCUAUCAACAACAACCACCCCGAUCUUACUUUCCUUUUUAAUUAUUCUGACUUUGUACAUCAUCAUUAAUCAUGAUGGUCAAUUAUCGAUACCAUUGUUACUCUUACUAUAGCAUUUUUGGUCACCGGACUUGAUAUAUUAUUAUUAUUAUUCAUUUAA